AUGAGCACUAUUUCAUCCGUUGUCAAUCCCUAUUCCUUCAUCAAGAUGCCUUUUGCCGAGAUUUUUAGCUGUUCUAUCCACAGGGAUUCAUCUCAACCGUAUGGUUUGAGGGACCUCCUGAGACGAGACAUGAGACGGCACAGCGGUCAGACGACCGCCAGCGAGAAGCAAUACAUCAUGAACCUUCAGGCGGCGAAAAAGUCUCUACUCAUCGAGGCGGGUGCCAUCGACUCACCCUUGAGUGCUAUCCCUCAGCAUCCUGAGACGAGUGCCUUCUUUAGACGAAUGCUAUCUCACAGCCCUUUGAACGAGUGCCAUCCUACACUUCAGGCGAGUGCUACCCAUUCACCUUUUAUGGCGGGCACCAUCUCUCAUAUUAUUGAGGCGAGCGCCAUCCAGUUACCCCUUGAGUACCGUCCCAACUUGAGACGAGUGCCGUCUGUCAACCCUCGAGGCGAGUGCCGUCCCAUAGUUGAGGCGAACCUCUUCCUCUUCAACCAACCUCACCUCUCACAACUCCUCGACUAG